AUGGUUCCUCCAAGGCCCAAGUUGGGAUCAGAGCCUGAACCCCCGGACGCCUUCAUACUGAGGAAGUCCGGGGUUCAGGCUCCGAUCCGGGUCCUGGAGGCUCUGAUCCGGGUCCUGGAGGAUACACCCCACAACACCUCCUGGAGGACAGAGGCUCAUUCAUCGCCCCCCACAGUGCGGAUCGUGCACUCAGGUCAGGCCUGUAACGUGGAGGAGGAGCGCUACAGCGAGAGAGUUUUCACCAUCAGAGAGGGAAAGACUCUGGAGCUGCAGUGUUUGGUGACAGGACACCCCCGACCUCAGAUUCGCUGGACUAAGACAGCGGGCGGAGCCUCGGAGCGCCAGGGCGACGCCUCCCUGCACAACGAGACUCUGAGGAUAGAAACCAUCAGCCGCCACCAGGGGGGGCGCUACUACUGCAAGGCUGAGAACGGACUGGGGUCACCGGCCAUCCGCUCGGUCCGAGUCGAUGUCUACUAUCUGGACGACCCGGUGAUCACAGUCCAUCAGAGUGUCGGGGAGGCGAAGGAGCAGUUCUACUUCGAGAGGACGGUGUUUCUACGCUGCGUCGCCAACUCCAACCCCCCCGUCCACUACACCUGGAGGAGGGGCCGCAGCGUGCUGACGCAGGGAUCGGACUCCGGGGUGGAGAUCUACGAACCCUUCUUCACACAGGGAGAGACAAAGAUCUUGAAGUUGAAGAAUCUUCGUCCUCAGGAUUACGCCGACUACACCUGCAUCUCCUCCAUCAGGAGCGUUUGUGACAUUGGAGACAAGAGCGCCCUCUUCAGUCUGAACAACAGAACAGCUCCUCCCUCCAUUAAACUGCUCCUGGACGACCCCCUGGUGGUGAACCUGGGGGAGACCAUCACUCUGGUGUGCAUGGCUUCAGGUGGAGACCCUCCCCCCACCUUAACCUGGGUGAAGCCCGGAGGGGAGGAGCUCCCGAAGAGGGGCGUGGUCAAUGGUGGAACCCUGACCAUCCCCGCCAUCACUGUUGAAGACGGCGGCGCCUACAGCUGCGUGGCGUCCAACAACGUGGGAAGCCCCGCCAAGAAGUCCACCACCAUCCUGGUCAGAGGCCUUCGUAAAGGUCGGUUCUGGAUCACGCCGGACCCGUACCACAACGACGACAACAUCCAGAUCGGCCGGGAGGUGAAGAUCAGCUGCCAGGUGGAGGCCACGCCCCCGGAGGAGCUGCAGUUCAGCUGGCUGAAGAACGGCCGGCCCCUGAGGAGCUCUGAGAGGAUGGUCAUCACUCACACCGACACCGACGUGUCCAUGGGCUCCACCAACCUGGACAUCAUCGACCUCAAGUUCACCGACUUCGGCACCUACACCUGCGUGGCGUCGCUGAGGAGCGGAGGAACCCCCGAGAUCAGCAUCGACGUGAACAUCUCCUCCACCACAGUUCCUCCAGAGCUGAGCGUGCCCAGGGGGCGCUCUAACCUCAUCGCCCAGGAGGGAGACACAGUGGACCUGCAGUGUCUGGUCUCAGGGAAACCCAAACCCAUCAUCCUGUGGUCGCGCGUGGAGGAGAGCGGGGGGGCGGCGGCUCUGAUGCCGGACGGCUCGACUCAGACCGAGAGCUGCGACGGCGUCCUGAGGAUCAGCAACGUGACGAGGGACAUGAGCGGGACCUGGACCUGCAGGACCAGCCAGUACAACGGGUUCAACGUGAAGCCCAGGGAGGCCCUGAUCCAGCUGGGGGUGCAGUUCGCCCCGGUGGUGGAGCCGGUGUACACGGAGGUCCGGCAGGCUCUGGGUCGGGCCUUCAGCCUGGACUGCCGCCUGCUGCGGGCCCACCCCGCCCGCCUGCUGCGGUACGAGUGGAAGCUGGGCUCCCGCCUGCUGACCGUGGGUCAGUUCAGUGACCAGAGCGACGACACCAGCUACCACGUCCGCGCCCUGAACCGCGAGGGCUACGGAGAGUACACCUGUGACAUCACCAACGAGGCGGGGGCGGGCCGCUGCACCUUCCUGGUCACAGGGAAGGCCUAUGUCCCCGAGUUCUACUACGACACCUUCAGCGCCCUGUGGCAGAACCAGCCCCAGGUCUACGGCUUCAAGCUGCAGUGGACUCAGAUGGAGCCGGACGCGGUGGACCGGAUCCUGGCCUACAGGCUCGGCCUCAGACAGAUCGGUCAGUCCCGCUGGUGGGAGCAGGAGAUUCCCAUGGAGGGAACCAUCCAGCCGGGGGAGCUCCUGACCUACAACCUGACAAAACUCGUCAAGCCGGAGUCCUUCCUGGUCCGCCUCACCCCCAUCACCCGCUACGGAGAGGGGGAUGCCACCGAACGCAUCAUCACAUACAGUGCUCCUGUGAAUCCACAUCUCAGGGAGUUCCAGUGUGGCUUCGAGGACGAGGCGUUGUGUUUGUUCUCUCAGGACAAAACCGAUGAGUUUGAUUGGACGCGUCACAGCGCCGCCUCACGAGACACCAAAUACACCCCCAACACCGGGCCGAGCUCCGACCACACCGGCUCCAAGCAGGGUUUCUACAUGUACAUCGAGACGUCCAGGCCGAGGCUGGACGGAGACAAAGCUCGGCUGCUGUCUCCGACCUUCAACACCAACUCCAAGAGCUCCGCCUCCCCCCCCGCCAGCAGCACCCCCGCCUACUGCCUCGCCUUCUUCUACCACAUGUUCGGGAAGCACAUAGGAGCUCUGAACGUCUUCCUGCGGCAGAAAGGACAGACGGAGACGGACACCUCCAUCUGGACACUGACCGGUAACCAAGGAGACCGCUGGAGACAAGCCAAGGUCAACCUCCACCCGACCACAGCCUUCCAGGUCCUGAUGGAGGGGGUGCGAGGCUCCGGCAUCGAGGGAGACAUCGCCAUCGAUGAUGUCACCAUCGAGGAGGGCGAGUGUAAAGACCCCCCCCCCCAACAGUGAGUCACACACAGUGGUCGAUCGCCUGCAGACCCACAACCUCAACUUUCAUAUCACGACUUUAACCCGGAAACAUUUCAACUAAAACUCUUUCAAGUUAUUUAUUUAAUGUAAGAUUUAUUAAUAUUGACUUUCUUCAGAUCCUUAAAGGAUCAGAGUCUGGUUCUGACACAUCUGGAUCCACAGCUGCACAAUGUUCAACACAAUCAUACACAAUCAUCA